CCACCUCGUGUCCGCCGUCCCUGCUGCGCCUCCGUCCCAGCAAUGACAAAAUGCUGCGGCCUGGAAUGCAUCCAUCCUUAAGCAAUUCAGAUGACAGCUAGCUGAUCUCUAUGGGCUGUCUAUCACUUUUUCGCAAAGAACGUCGGGCCACCACUCACCCUUCCAACAUGUCCAAACAGUUUACGCUCUCAGACUGGAAUGAUAUUCCGGUAGUAGUGGGACUGGGUGUCGACAAUAUUGACCUCGAUGAAAAGAAACUGCUCAAAUUUCCGGCCUUCAACGGCUGGCAAAAAACACUGAGGGAAAAUUUGGAGCGACAAAAAAGACCUGGACAAGUGUACUCUACAGACCCAUGGCGAUUGGAAAAAGUCAUGAUCCAUCAUGUCACUCUAUUCGGCGAGAACAUUGGAUUUAUGACCAUUGAAGCUUUUCUCCGCAAGGGCGAUGGCCAGGCGCUGGAAAACAGAUUGGACAGGGUUAUUUUCCUACGAGGCGGCAGCGUAGCUGUGCUUAUGAUAUUACGACCAAAGGAUAACCGGAACGAACGAUAUGUGAUCCUGACAGACCAACCCAGGUUAGGAGCAUGCAGUACAACCUUUCUCGAAAUCCCAGCGGGUAUGCUAGACGAAGAAACCCGAAACAUCAAAGGCAAGGCUAUCCAAGAAAUAGAGGAAGAAACGAACCUACAGGUCCGCGCAGACGAGCUGAUCAACCUCACCGAGUUGGCAUUGCGGCAGUCUAAGGCUGUAGAGGACUUGCAACAGGCGAUUUAUAUGAGUCCUGCUAAUCUGGACGAAUUUAUUCCCUUGCUUCUGUGGGAGAAAGAGUUGGACCGCAAGGAUAUCAUGAGCAUGAGAUCUCAACUUGGAGGCGAGCGAACACAAGGCGAGUUGAUCACUAUUCGUGUAACUGAAUACGAUACUCUGUGGAGAGAAGGUGCACGUGAUGCGAAGACGUUGUCAGCAUGGGCGCUUUAUGAAGGUCUCAACCGGACGGGAGUGAUUGAGAAAGAGUUGCAGAGGAUACGGUCUGUAAAUUUCGAUAAAUAAUGGCGCACAGAAGUCGAACUGGAAGGGUUAAGGCGUUAUUAUCUUUCAUCUUGAUGUAUUGAUCUAGCCAUCCAAGGAAAUUUCAAGUGCCUGCUACUCUGGACAUCUGUUCACAGCUCUCAGCGAAGGUUCAGGUAGAGCUAGGUUUUGUCGUGUCGUUGCCCUUAGCGCAAUAUCCUUAUGGAGGGAGUCAUGGACUUUAGCUUUAUGGAAUAUCGACUUCAUCGCAAGCUCCCGAUCCUCCGACUAGAAUGAGAGAACAGUUCUGACAGGAC